AUGGGUGGUAAAGUUGAUUCGAAAAUCAAUAGAGGAAAUGCUCCGUAUGUAUACCGAAUUAGUGGCGAGAAUUAUCAUACACUGGGAAGUCUUCUUCCUAAAGAAGGUGGUGAACCAAAGUUUGCGCAACUUUACAUAUACGACACAGAUAAUGAAGUCUGUAAUCGCAAAACCGUAUUUAGUAACUCAAACAAACCAGCUUCCGCAAAUUCUGAUUUGCUUGACACUGAACUCAUAGAGUACCUUAAGGUGAUUUUAGAUUCAAAUAAUCAGCUGGUGAAAACAUAUAGACGUGUACGAGAUCGGUUUGUUGAUAAUCCUCAUGUUGACUUAAAAUUACGGCUUAAGGCAAAUAGGUCUAAAGAUGGUCGUACAUACAACCUACCGACGUCGUCCGAAGUUGUUGCGCUUAUUGUUGGAAACAUUGAGGAAGCUCUUGAUAAUGAUGAUGUAGUUGUUGAGUCAAAGAAAGAUGGUCUACAACGUAUUAGCGAGCUUCAUCCUUCGUAUCUCGCGCUUCAGUAUCCAUUGCUUUUCCCUUUUAGUGAAGAUGGUUACCGGGUUGAUAUUCUUCAUAGAGAAGGAAGGGCAUCAACGAAGAAGAAAGAGACAAAAUGUACAAUGAGAGAGUAUUUUGCUUACCAUGUUCAAGAUAGAGUGAAUCAUUUCUCUUUGAUUCUCAAUGCUCGAAGACUUUUGCAACAGUUCUUGGUUGACGUAUAUACGAUGAUUGAAAGUGAACGAUUACUAUUCAUACGUCUGCAGCAAAAAAACCUGAGAUCUGAGACAUAUGAUAACCUUAAAAAGCUUGGACAAAAUGGUAAUACAGAUAUGUCAAACGUUGGAACACGUGUACUACUACCGUCUUCGUUUACCGGUGUAUCGCGUUAUAUGAGGGAGAAUUAUUAUGAUGCGAUGGCCAUUUGUAAAUGGUUUGGCUACCCUGAUUUUUUCAUUACGAUCACGUGUAAUCCUAAAUGGUCGGAGAUUAAAAGAUUUCUGAAGGACACGAAGAUUAAUCACGAGGAUAGACCGGACAUUUUAUGCCGAUUGUUCAAAAUUAAGCUUGACGCAAUCAUGAAAGACUUGAGAGAGAAAUCUUUAUUCGGCAAUGCAUCAGCAGUUGUCUAUACCAUAGAGUUUCAGAAACGAGGUCUACCGCAUGCGCAUAUCUUUCUGUUCUUAAAUGACGAAAGUAAGCUUCAUUCGGUUGAGCAUGUUGACAAGUUCAUUUCUGCCGAGAUACCUGACAAAAACUUAGAACCAGAUCUAUAUACUCUUGUCAGCGAGUAUAUGAUUCACGAACCUUGUGGUGUUGCAAAACCAAAUUGUCCGUGUAUGGUCGACGGUAACUGUUCGAAGAAAUUUCCUAAGAAGUUCUGUGAUAAGACUUCUCUAGAUUCGAAUGGUUAUCCGGUCUAUAGACGAGCCGAUUCAGGUUUUUUUGUUGAGAAAUCUGGUAUUCAGCUUGAUAACAGAAGCAUGGUUCCGUAUAGCAAAACCCUAUUGAGACGUUAUCAAGCACACAUUAACGUCGAAUGGUGUAACCAGGCUGCGUCCAUUAAGUAUUUGUUUAAAUACAUUAAUAAAGGACCAGAUAGGGCAGAAUUUGGUUUUGUACCAAAUGCCGAUGAAGGUCAGCUUGAAGAUGGAAAAGAUGAAAUCAAAGAAUAUUACGAUUGUAGAUAUCUCUCGGCAUGCGAAGCUUCAUGGCGCAUAUUUGCAUUUGAUAUUCAUUACUGCUAUCCAUCCGUAAUCAGGCUUCCGUUUCAUCUACCUGAUAAACAAAACGAUGUAUAUGGCCCUGACGAAGAACUUGAUAGUGUGCUACAAAAACCAUCUGUUUCUUCUACGAUGUUUUUGGGGUGGAUGGAAAAGAACGAAAAAAGAUCCGUUGGCGCGCACCCUUACUUACGUUGA